CGACAUCAAGCAUCCCAACGCCACUGCCUUCACCUCCACGAGCUGCAAAGCAGCCCCCAAUUCCUCUCCACCUUCACAAUGGCUUUGCGCCAGUCUGUUGCCCGUCCAUUGGGCAAUGCGGUGCGCUCCGCGAGCUGCUCCCGAGCUGCUGUACGCUCCUUCGCGGCCUCGGCUCUGCGGGCAAAGGAGAUCGCUAGCGACAGCUCCGAGCCUCCCAACCUGCGAUAUGCGCCUCGCGAUCCGGCAGGCAAGCUCCAGGCGGCGAUUGUGAACCCGGCCGACAAGUACAAAGAGAAGGGCGAGGGCCUUCACAAGUAUGGCCAAUAUAUAAUGUCUUGCUUGCCAAAAUACGUACAACAGUUCUCCGUUUGGAAAGAUGAAUUGACCAUCUAUAUCCCGCCGGCCGGCGUCAUCCCCGUGUUCACCUUUCUCAAAAACCACACCGCCGCCGAGUUUACCCAAAUCUCCGAUAUCACUGCUGUCGACUACCCUACUAAAGAUCAACGCUUCGAGGUGGUGUACAACAUGCUUAGCAUUCGCCACAAUUCACGGUUGAGAGUCAAGACGUACGCCGAUGAGGCCACACCCGUACCAAGUCUUUGCGAUCUUUAUGACGGCGCGAACUGGUAUGAGAGAGAGGUCUACGAUCUGUUUGGUGUCUUCUUCGUUGGCCACCCCGAUCUUAGGCGAAUCAUGACCGACUACGGUUUCGAUGGUCACCCACUUCGCAAGGACUUCCCUAUGACUGGAUACACUGAGAUCAGAUACGACGAGGAGAAGAAGAGAAUUGUUGUAGAGCCGUUGGAAAUGACCCAGGCAUUCAGGAAUUUCCGUGGUGGAUCAACUGCAUGGGAGCCUGUUGGCCCUGGUGACAACACUACCCCAGAUCAGUUCAAACUUCCCACACCGAAGCCAGAACCUCCAAAGGAGGAUGAGCAAAAGAAAUAGAGAAGCUAGACGUGUACAAUGUGUAUAUAUCCCCCAAGUCAAGAUGUUCACUCGCAUCAACGGUGUUUUUGCAGUCCGCUUUUGGGCCGAUAUUCUAUCUACGGCUAAAACAAGAAAGAGACAUAUAAAUAUAGCAACUUGGAAACCCCACUUGCACAGCGCAGGGCUCGCUAAUUCGGUCCCUAAAGAGGCAUUUUUGCUACCCGCAUGACCGACAUGCAUCAUUUCAGGCGCUUUCAACUUCGUAUUCAAUGAACUGAGCAACAGCACUUACCACCUUCCCGUUCCUUACCUACAUCGUCAUACUCGGCGGAGCCAUAGUAAGAUCACGAGUCAUAGCAGAAUUGUGGAGUACAAAAUGCGUC